AUGGCCUUCAUCUUACUUAUCUUCCUAAGACUAUUCUUUCUUUUAAUAACUCAAGGAUCUCAAUUCACCUCCCAUAAUAUCACCUUAGGUUCCUCAUUGAACCCAUACUCAAACCCUGCAUGGCUCUCGCCUUCAGGCCUUUUUGCAUUUGGUUUCUACGUGGAAGAUAAUGGUUUUAGGGUCGGAAUAUGGCUCAAAACCAAACCCGAAAUCAUAGUUGUUUGGACUGCAAACCGUGAUGACCCACUUGUCUCCUCAAACAGUUCCAUUAAGCUCCUUACAAAUGGUUGGUUGCUUCUCCACACUAAUGGCGAAGAUAAAAAUAUCACAAAUCAGAGGGUUCCCGCAACCUCUGCUUCCAUGCUUGAUUCGGGUAACUUCCUACUCUAUGAUGACUCUGGUGCUGCUAUAUGGGAAAGCUUUGAACACCCUUGUGAUACAGUAUUAGGAGGACAAGAACUAGCCACAUAUGAUCAGCUAGUUUCUAGUGUAUCCCCUUCCCAUCACAUGAGUGGAAACUUCGUUCUCAAUAUGCAAAAUAAUGGAAACCUUGUGGCUUACCCUCUAUAUGCUGGUUCCAGGCUCGAUGAUGACUCAUACUGGUCCACUACAUCCUCCGACCUCGGUGGCUAUGUGUCCAUGUAUCUCAACCAUACUGGCUCUUUGAAUAUGGUGAAGGAUGGUGUGACACAGAGGGUAUUAAAUCCAGUUAUACUGAGCUCAGGUUCGAGGAAGAGAUCAAAUGAAAUAGUAAUCUUUCGUGCUACUCUCAGAUGGAAUGGUAACUUUGUUUUGUAUUCCCACAGAUUCAUAAGUAACUCGACUAGAAUGAUCAUGAAGAAGGAAUGGGAAGCAUUACAUGACCCAUGUGAGGCCAAAGGUAUAUGUGGUUCUAACAGUUACUGUGUUAGCAAUGGUGGCAAUUUUAGUUGCCAUUGCUUUCCUGGUUUCUUAGCUUUCAACGAGACAAGAAAUGGUAACUUUUACAGCUGUUAUAGGAACUUUACCGAUGAAGAAGCCUGCAACGGGAAAUGGGAAGGGCUAAAACUUUCUUAUAAUAUUACUUCAUUGGAGAAUAUAAAGUUGCGAGAUCACUACUCUUACUCUGUAAUGAAUCUUAGCAAGGAAGCUUGUCGUCAAUCUUGCUUGGAUGAUUGCAAUUGUUGGGCAAGUCUGCAUGCAAAUGGUUUUAGUUGCAAAAUGCUCAAGGUUCCGAUCAUUUAUGCAGUGCGUAAUAAAAGCAUAUUAGCCACAGUCUUUAUAAAAACCAGUUUCCCAUAUGAUCCUUCUGAAUACCCCUUGAGAACCGAAACCAAAAAACUUGUUUACAUUCUAGCCAUUACACUUGGCUGCCUAGCUUUUAUGUGUACUAUGAUGGCAUUCUUUUCUUUCUUUUUCUAUAGAGUGCAUGCUCAUAAUAGCUUCCAAAGUAUAUCGGAAAAUACUGAUUUAGACGUUCUUCGAGAUCAAUUUAGGCUACGAGCAUUCUCAUACGACGAUCUUCAUAAAGCCACAGAUGGUUUUAAAGAAAUGAUAGGAAGAAAUUCUUACAAAGGGUUUAUUUCCGAGGGCAAGAAGGCUGUUUUUGUGAAGAGACUGGAAAGGUUGUUUGAAGGAGAAGGGUGGUUUCGAGAAGAAAUAACUGCUAUUGCACAAACCCAUCAUCGGAACUUGGUUGGCUUACUGGGUUUCUGCAUACAGGGAUCUACAAAAAAUGAUAUGGAGAUAGACGUUCUUACUUCUUGGGUUUACAAUUGUUUUGUAAAUAAAGAUUGGAAUAGGUUGGUUGAAGAUGACAAAGUAGAUGUCUGGAUGUUGGAGAAGAUGGUGAAAGUUGGAUUGUUGUGCAUUCAAAAUGAACCAGAUGCAAGGCCUUCGAUCAAAAAUGUUAUCUUGAUGUUGGAAGGAACUACUGAUAUACCGAUACCUCCGUCACCAACUCCUCCUUUGAUUUAG